GUUGGAAAACCCAGAUGAAACCUUUCGCUGGUGAUUGAGUUGUAAACUUGUAUAUUUUGCCAAAAAUUUGCAAAUUGCAAUGUUCAAGCGGCUAAAAUAGCGAAAAAUCGAAAUGGAAGUAGAGCAGACGUCAAUAAGAUCAGACACGAACUCCACCUGCGAGUUCCUGGAUGCAGAGGGUGAUCCAGAGUCCCCAAGUCUCUAUCAGGAGGCGGAUCCCGACCAAGAGGCCGAGCAGCAGAACCAUAGUAUUAUCUCUGAGCUGAGAGAUGGUCUGGUUAAUACAAGGGACACCAGUGCCCUCAGUCCUGAACCGGAGCAACAGACCAAGGGACUGGCUGCCUCCGUGGAGUCACUGGCAUUGAGCACCUCGACCAGCGCAAAAACAGAGGAUUCCAUUGGCGGAUUGGAGGAAGAAUACGAUUACCAGCAUGACAGUCUGUGGCAGGGACAAAAGAAACAUAUUUUUGUACUCAGCGAAGCAGGAAAGCCCAUUUUCUCACUGCACGGCAAUGAGGAUAAGCUAGCUACUCUAUUCGGAGUUAUUCAGGCUUUAGUAAGCUUCGUCCAAAUGGGCCAGGAUGCCAUUACCUCUAUACAUGCGGCUGGCAUCAAGUUUGCCUUCAUGCAGCGCAGCUCGCUUAUCCUGGUGGCCGCCACUAGAAGCAACAUGAGUGUCCAGCAGCUGCAACUCCAACUGGGUGAUGUCUACAAUCAAAUACUGUCCAUACUGACGUACUCACAUAUGACGAAGAUCUUCGAGAGGCGUAAAAACUUUGAUCUACGGAGGUUGCUCUCUGGUAGCGAGCGAUUGUUCUAUAAUUUGUUGGCAAACGAUAGCAGUAGUGCCAAAGUGACAAACAACAUCUUUACAUUUUUGACCAACUCAAUACGCGUCUUCCCUUUAUCCACAACGAUACGCUCGCAAAUCACCAGCGCAAUCCAGAGCAACUGCUCGAAGAUUAAGAAUCUGGUGUUUGCCGUACUGAUAGCCAAUAACAAACUGAUAGCAUUGGUGCGGAUGAAGAAGUACUCCAUACAUCCGGCUGAUCUGCGAUUGAUUUUUAACCUGGUGGAGUGCUCUGAGUCGUUUAAAACCUCCGAAAACUGGUCGCCAAUUUGUCUACCAAAGUUCGAUAUGAAUGGAUAUCUGCAUGCGCAUGUUUCGUAUUUGGCUGACGAUUGCCAGGCCUGUUUGCUUCUGUUAUCCGUUGAUAGAGAUGCCUUUUUUACGUUGGCAGAUGCCAAGGCUAAAAUAACGGAAAAACUGAGGAAAAACCAUUGCUUAGAAGCCAUCAACGAAGAGCUGCAGCAACCGUUCAAUGCGAAACUAUACCAACAGGUUGUGGGAAUCCCCGAGCUGCGUCAUUUCUUGUACAAACCGAAGAGUACGGCACAGCUGCUCUGCCCCAUGCUAAGGCAUCCGUACAAGUCUGUGGAGGAGCUUGAACGCCUGGAGGCUAUCUACUGUGACCUGCUACACCGUAUCCACAACAGUUCACGACCACUAAAGUUAAUCUAUGAGGUAAAGGAGCGCGAGGUGGUGUUAGCCUGGGCCACAGGCACCUACGAACUAUAUGCCGUUUUCGAACCGGUAGUGGAUAAAGCCACCGUUAUCAAAUACGUGGACAAGCUAAUCAAGUGGAUAGAGAAGGAGUACGAUGUCUACUUCAUACGAAACCAUGCCACGUUCUAAGCUUUAGCAAGCAUUUUCUAGGGAAUUGUGAGAUAUAUGACUAUUUUUUUAUUGCUCCUCUGCCAACGAAACCAGGACAAAAUUGUUGUGCUGCAGUUGUGACGGCGUUUAAUUAAUUGAUUCUUGUAUACCAUAACUAAGCAUGUACAUUUGUAAUUUAAAGCUCUAAGUAAAUUCUAAAACUGUAAAGCCAUCUUUUUGUUUUCUUUACAAUUGUAAGAUUGUAAGAUUUUAAGAUCUGAUAAAAACGUUGAAACGCAAA